CUUUCCAGUUUAGCGCCACCUGGCGGAUAACAGGUGCUUGAAAAACAAAAUGGCGGCCUAUGGGGUCAUUUCCUGAAAGUGUUUACUUUGAUUAUUAAACUAUUGUUUUCAGACACCUAGAGUAUUCUCGCUAUUAUCUACGACACAAACUUUGACAAAGAUGCCUCAUCAUUGCUGUGUGCCAUUAUGCACCAACGACACUAGAACCAAAACAGCUGAGAGCAUUUCUUUUCAUUCAUUUCCCAAAAAUGACAGUCUUAAGCAAAAGUGGAUUGUAAACAUACGAAGAGACAUUUCUAAGGACUUCAACUUGAAUAAGCACACAAGAAUAUGUUCAGCCCAUUUCGACGGUAGUUGUUAUGAAAUUCCUGUGCCAGGGCAAGUACGCAGGCGAUUGAAAAAAGAUGCUGUACCAACGUUGUUUUCAUGGGUUACACCAAAAGCACCACGUCGCAAGCUUUUCCGAGACAAAACUCCAAAACUAACGAAAAGCGGUGUGAAAAAAUGCGUGUCCAGCAGUACAUUUAUGAUAGACCAUUCGUACGCGGGACCUAGUGACAAUAUGGAGUCUGUCAUUGAAGAUGUCGAAAUGGAUGUUAAUCCUGUCAACUUAAACUCUAGCAAUUCAAGUGCUACUACAACUGAUGACAGUCUUCAAGACAUUGAAGCUGAUCCAUCGCCACAGAAAGAAGCCCUCUUUGAAAAACACAAGGCUUUGCUUCAGGCAAGGUCACAGGAAAAGUUCACUAUUCUGCGCUUCUGUUCUUCAGAUUCCGAUAUAAGAUACUACACAGGAUUUCCAACAUAUACUGCCAUGUGUGCUUUUUUUCACUUUUUACAGCCAGAAUGUAAUUUUCUAUACUAUGUAGGGUCAGAAAAUACAUCGCAUGGAAAACCGUACGAGUUUGUGUCGAAAAGGGGACCAUCAAGAUCUCUGUCACCUUUAGAAGAACUUUUCCUGACACUGGUUAGACUACGGAAGGGACUUCCUGAGAAAGUCAUUGGUGACUUGUACAAUUUGUCAGAAGGACAUAUUUCUAAGAUAGUGAAUACAUGGAUUCUAUUUUUGUACGAUAGAUUGAGAUGUCUCCCAAUAUGGCCAAAUCGUGAACACGUAAAAAAAACAAUGCCCAUCUCAUUCAAAACAGACUAUCCAGAUACUAGAGUCAUUAUUGACUGUACGGAAAUUUUUAUAGAGCAGCCAUCUGCGUCUGUGUGCCAAAGAGAAACAUUUAGUUCAUACAAACAUCACAAUACGGCAAAGGGACUUGUAGGUAUAGCACCCAGUGGUCAGAUAACUUUCAUUUCAAGUUUGUAUGCGGGUAGGUGCAGUGACAAAAAAAUUGUACGGCAUUGUGGGCUUUAUGAUAUCCUAGAAGAAGGUGAUUCUGUUAUGGCUGAUAAAGGCUUUGACAUUGGUGAUGACUUGAAAGAAAGAAAAUUAUCUCUAACUAUCCCACCCUUUCUUGAAAACCAAGCCCAGUUCACCUCCCAGCAGCUUGCGGCAACAAAGAAUAUAGCCGCAGUGCGUGUUCACGUGGAACGAGCAAUUAGGAAAGUGAAAGAGUUUGACAUCCUCCGAAACACUGUACCAAUAUCGUUGUGUCCAAUGUUAGAAAAGAUCUGGACUGUUUGUGCUCACUUGGCGAAUUUCACUGGUAGCUUAUUUAAAAAGCAAUAGAUUCUUAUCAUGCGCAUGUAUCACAAUGACUGCAUAGUAUCUUACAGAUUCUUUUUUGGGAAAAAACUAAAAAACUAUCAGACAUUACUUUGCUUCACUUGAUAAUUAUGUUUGCACUAGUUGUUGUUGUAACAGAAUUAAUGUCAACAUAUGGCAUAACAUUAAGUUUUUUUUUCUGUGCAGUCUGAUCAUUAUCUGCUGUAAAAACUAUCAGACUUUGCUUCACUUGAUACUUAUGUUUGCAAUAGUUGUUGUUGUAACAGAAUUAAUGUCAACAUUAGGCAUAAAGUUAAGGUUUUUUUUCCGUGCAGUCUGAUUAUUAUCUGCUGUGAAAAAAAUCAGACUUGGUUAGACAUACAUUACUUUGCUCCACUUGAUACUUAAUUUGCAAUAGUUGUUGUAACAGAAUUAAUGUCAACAUUCAGCAUAAAAUUAAGUUUUUUUCCGUGCAGUCUGAUCACUAUCUGCACUGUUUGCUAUUCGGCCGGUUUCUUUUUAGUAAGCACCCCCUUUUAACAGUAAAUGGAAGGCGGACAAGUUCAUUGUAGAAAUAAUGCAUAGCAAGUGUUAAAUAAUUGUCAGCUAUAACUGCAUGAAAUGUGGUAUUUCCUUUUGUAAUAGUCAGGGAUAUUAUAGUACAUACAUACUAAAGCAAUUUUCUUUUAAUUUUGUGAUUCCAAUAUGUAAUUAAUAUCAGUUGUUAAACUAUCCGUUGUGAACUCAAACACUGUCUAUUCUCUUAUUUUUUAUACUUGAAUAGAACAGCUUUUUUGGUUCAUCUGUUAAUUGUUGAAGGAAACCAGAAAGCACUUGUUAAAGGCUCUGAAAGGCAUACUCCCAUAUCAAGAUUAAAUUAUGAUCGCAGUAAAUAAUGUACAUUGAAUUGAUUUUGCAAUUGUCAUUAGAAGUAAAACAACUAAUCAUCAUAAGUGGUUCAUAAAUCGAUGUUAUAUCAUAAAUGCUGCUACAAAAAAAAUGUGUCUCCAUAUUUAGUGCUACCGAUAUUCUACUUUUGUUUACCCUAACCAUUUUAACUCAGUUGUGAUCUGAACUUCAUUUUGUGAGCAAAAUAAACUUGUUUUUCUCGAUAUAA